CAGUGUCAGUCCGCUUCUUAGGGUAGUAUUACUACCCCAGAAACUGGUCAGUACUGUUCAAUAAAAGUUUUGGUUGCCCACAAAACUUCAACAACAACAACGUCUGUUGGUUCUGGUUGCUGUAGUUGUUUAAGAGUAAAAAAUGGCUGCCGGAGCUGCCGUGAAGUUGUCUCCUCAUCUUCGGGAGCUCCGUAUUCAUUUAUGCCAGAACUCUGCAUCCAGUCAGGGAGUUAGGACUUCAUUGAGAGAAAACUAUGUUGCCUUAAAGAAAGCUAAUCCCAGGUUUCCAUCCUUUAGAGAGUAGAUGCUCGGCACCCAACCGAAGGCAUGGGCUAGAUAUGAAAUGGGUCAAGAGUCUAAUGCUUCUUUAGCAGGAUUGUCAGCUCAGCAAGUUGCAGAAGCUAUUUUAAAGCUAAAUUCAUCAAAGUAAAUACUAUAUUAUUUAAAGCUUGUAUAUAUGUCUGAAAUGUUCUAUAAAUGUAGAAUAUAAAA